UUCAUUGGAAUUUCCAAUAGCGCAAAUAUAUUAAAAUAUCAUAUAAUAUGAAAAUGAGAAUUUAGCACAGUGCACUGAGCCCAAACGACACAUUAAUUCUAUGUGAAAAAGCAUAUACUUAUUAAAAACUACCAUUCACAUUAUGUUUAUAUGCAUCAUAUGACAUUUAUGUGUUUAUAUGUAAAUUUCAACGGAUACCCGAUAGCUCUUAAGUGUACAGCACAUACAUCUUUUGUGAAAAACACAUGAAUAUUAUGUGAUAGUAAACUGUAAGAAAUAAGAAUUUCAAAAUGGCGUCAAGUAACGAGACGUUAGUAGAUACGUUGCUCGCGGAUUUAGGAUUCCCGAAAAGUUUACUGGAAGUUUUUGAACAGUCCGGAAUUGGAGUAUUUGAGUUGCUUACAAUCACAGUCGAACAACUACAAACUUAUUUAGAACCGACGGAAACUGCAUGGAAGUAUGACGAUUUGUUUAAUAAUAUCGCAAUCUGGAGACAACGAAAUAAACACAAAAUAUUAAGAGCACUGAAUGCACCAGAAAUCGAAAACGCAGAUCAACCAUGUGCAGAUAACGAUCAAGUUCCUGAGGACAGUAUUGCAUUUAUUGAUUGAUUCUUGAAAGAAAAA